CUCCUCGAGUUUUCAGUCGACAAGCAGGAAGCUACAAGAAGAGUCGUGUGUCUCUUUCUCUGAAACACACACACACAAACCGAGUGUGAAAUAUCUAUAUUUUUUUCUUCCAAAGUGUGUGUGAAUUUGAAGAAAUUUAGUGUGUGAACGAAACAAGAAUUUUCAAGUCCCCAACCAAAAGAAACUCGAAAGAACGACGACAUUUUCUGGUUUCUAUCACCAACACGGAUUAACCAAAAAGACGACGACGACGGAUGGUGUUCGUCCCCUAACAAUUUCUUCCACAGUGUGUUGUUGUGCCGUUAGAAUCAGCCAUUUCUUUUCUAUUUUCCUCCCCCUAGAAAUUUGUUCGGUGUGUCACGAAAUUUCGCCCCAUGGUUGUGUGUUGUUUAGCCCGUCAUGAAACGAGGCCAUGUUAGGCUGCUGGUCGGUUGCGACCGCUGCUGGUGAUCAUCAUCGUCAAAGUUGUUGUUGUUGUUGUUGUUGUUCAGUGCCGCAGCCGCCGAGUGUGUUUCCGUUGAAAUCGCCCGACGUGUCGGGAGACGAGGAAUUGCUUGCAGACGAAAACGAAUCAUCACGAACGGCGCUGUAGUAGUGUCAUGGCCAUAACGAUGCACUCGCACGCCGCAAUGGAGAAAUCGAAUGGCGGAUGCUCGAAAACUUCUUCACUGACACCUCAAGACGCUUACGCGGCACUCUGCACCAGCAGCAGCGUCGAUUCCGACUUGUUGACCAGGACGAGCUGGACAGAUGCCCGGCUCGCCCUUCAUCAAAUCAAAAAGGGUAAAGCAUCAGGCAACAAAGCGGCGCUGUGGUUAAGGACGAAACUUCAGUGGCAUCUCUUCCACCUGGGCCGAUUCGUCCAACGGCACGCGGGCAAAGUCCUUUUCGUUGGACUCCUCGUCCUGUCCACCUUCUGCGUCGGCCUCAAAUCCGCCAGCAUUCAAACGGACGUCGAGAAACUCUGGGUCGAAGAGGGUGGCCGUUUGGAGAAGGAGUUGGCCUACAUGAGACGGACGCUGGGCGAAGGAGCCGGCUCGACCCAUCAGAUCCUCAUCCAGACGCCGAGUAACGGCCAAGGCGGCUCCUUACUCAGCCGCGACGCGCUGCUGGCCCACCUGCGGGCCGUCCAAGCCGCCACCAAAGUCACCGUCGAAAUGUUCGAUACAACGUGGAGGCUGAAGGAUUUGUGCUACUCGCCCAGUUUCCCCAGUUUCGAUAUCCAGUACAUCGAUCAAAUUUUUGAAAACAUUUUCCCGUGCGCCAUCAUCACGCCGCUCGACUGCUUCUGGGAGGGCUCCAAGUUGCUCGGACCCGAUUUCCCCGUCACCGUCCCGAUGCUCGGGUCGGGAAUUCGGUGGACCAAUUUGCACCCGCAACGGCUGCUCGACUCGAUGAAGUCCUUCAAUUUCAACUUUCCCUUCGACACGCUCGAUGACUUUAUGAAACGGGCCGGAAUCACCAGCGCCUAUCAGGAGAAGCCCUGCCUGGACCCGACGGACCCCGAGUGCCCCUUAUCGGCCCCCAACAAGAACAUGACACAGACUCCUGACAUCGGCGCCGAGCUGACUGGCGGCUGCUACGGCUUCGCUACCAAGUUCAUGCACUGGCCAGAAGAUCUGGUUGUUGGCGGCACCAAGAAGAACAAAACGGGACACAUUGUCAAAGCGGAAGCCUUACAAUCGAUCCUGCAGCUGAUGGGCGAGAAAGAUAUGUUCGACUAUUGGUCGCAGACCUAUCGAGUCCAUAACUUGGAAUGGAGCCAAGAAAAGGCCGCCGACAUUCUACACGCCUGGCAGAGAAAGUUCACUCAGGAGGUUCUACGACAUGCCGCCUCUUCCAACGAGACCAAAAACUACAAGAUGCAUCCGUUCUCUUCGGCCAGCUUGGCCAGCAUCAUGACAGAGUUCUCUGAGCUGAGCAUCGUCCGAGUGGCCGUCGGCUACAUCCUCAUGUUGGUCUACGCCGGAGUGUCGCUGAUCAACUGGUCCAACCCGGUGCGAUCCCAGUCGGGAUUGGGCAUCGCUGGCGUCCUUUUGGUGGCCAUCACGGUGGCCGCCGGCCUGGGCUUUUGCGCCCUCAUCGGCAUCGUCUUCAACGCUUCCACCACCCAAAUCGUCCCUUUCCUGGCCCUGGGACUGGGCGUCGACAACAUGUUCCUCCUGACGCACACUUACGCCCAGAGCUGGGACCAGCAGUACCGACGUCACGACGACCACACGGGCCAGAUUCUCAAGCGCUCGGGCGUCAGCAUUUUGUUGUCGUCGGUCAGCAACGCCUGCGCUUUUUUCGCCGCCGCCAUCAUCCCCAUUCCGGCCCUCAGAGCUUUCUCCCUCCAGGCCGGCAUUUUGGUCCUCUUCAACCUGGCCACCUUGUUGCUUGUCUUCCCGGCCAUCAUGAGCCUGGAUAUGAAGCGCCGAGUGGCCAAUCGAGUGGAUUUGCUCUGCUGUCUGGCCGGCGUCGUCUCCAUCGGCUCCUCCGAGUCGGAAACGGAUUGUCCGUCAUCCAAGCCCACCGCCGCCACCCAGCCGCCCGUUCCAGUCGAACUCAAGAAGAUGGACAGGUGCGGCAAAGCGGCUCCCGGCUGCUCGACUCCGACGCUUUCCAAGAAAGCCCCGGCCACCGUCGUCGGUGGAUCGACAACUGCCCAACCACAGGGAGGCAACGUCGAAGCCGGCGAUAGCGAAACGGAUCCGGCCUUGGAUCCGCUUCUCCACUACGUUCCACCCAGCGGCCAGACUGUCGAGUGCCAGACUUGGACCUUGUCCAAAUUUGCCCGUCACUCGUACGGUCGACUUCUGCUCAAAACGCCGGUCAAGGUGCUGGGCAUGGUAGCCUUCAUCGUCCUGUUGGCGGCCAGCGUCUGGGGCAUGAGCAAGGUCAAGAACGGACUGGACCUGACGGACAUUGUGCCCCACCAGACGUCCGAGUACGGGUUCCUAGCGGCCCACGACAAGUAUUUCGGCUUCUACAACAUGUACGCCGUCACCCAGGGCAACUUCGAGUACCCCAACAACCAGCGUCUCCUCUACGAGUACCACGACGCCUUCACCAGGGUCUCGACCAUCAUCAAGAACGACGACGGCGGACUGCCGGAAUUUUGGCUCAGUCUCUUCCGCGACUGGCUCAUCGGACUCCAGCGGGCCUUUGACCGCGACCAGUCGGCCGGCUGCAUCAACCAGGAGCGCUGGUUCUCCAACGCCUCGGACGACGCCAUCCUGGCCUACAAGUUGCUGGUGCAGACGGGCCACGUCGACAAUCCCAUCGACAAGUCUCUGGUCGGUCACGUCCGUCUGGUCGACGGUGACGGCAUUAUCAACCCCAAGGCCUUCUACAAUUACCUGACGGCCUGGGUGACCAACGACGCCCUGGCCUACAGCGCCUCGCAGACGUCGUUGAGGCCCCAGCCGCGCCAGUGGUACCACAACGCGGCCGACGUCGAGCUCAAGAUCCCAAAGUCGCAGCCCAUCAUCUACGCCCAGUUGCCGUUCUACCUCAACAAUUUGGGGUCCACCGAGGACAUCACCGAUAUGAUCGAGCAGGUCCGCGGCAUCUGCAAAAAGUUCGAGGAUCGAGGACUGCCCAACUUCCCCGCCGGAAUUCCCUUCACCUUCUGGGAGCAGUACCUCAAACUGAGGUUCUUCCUUUUCCUGGCCUUGGCCUGCGUGCUGGUGGCCAUUUUCCUGGUCCUCUGCGUCUCCCUGAUGAGCAUCUGGGCCGCCACGGUGGCUGUUUUCGUCCUGGCCGCCUUGGUCCUGGAACUGUUUGGCGUCCUGGGCCUGCUCGGCAUCAAAUUGAGCGCCGCCCCGGCCGUCAUCCUCAUCAUGGCCGUUGGCGUCGGAGUCGAUUUCACCAUCCACAUCCUGGUGGGCUUCGUGACGAGCAUCGGCGGACGGAACAGGAGGACUCAGAUGUCGCUCGAGCUCAUGAUGGCGCCAGUCGUCCACGGCGCCAUCUCCACUCUGCUCAGCAUCGUCAUGUUGGCCUUUUCCGACUUUGAUUUCAUCGUCAAAUAUUUUUUCUACGUCCUGUCCGCCUUGGUUCUCCUCGGACUCGUCAACGGACUCUUCUUCUUGCCCAUCCUACUCUCCCUCGUCGGGCCUCCGGCCGAGGUUAUUCCGGCCAGCGGAGAAGAUCGGAUCGCCACUCCGACGCCAUUGCCGUCGCCGUGCAUGGAACGCUGUUCCAGGCGGGACCACCACUCGAGUGGAGCCGGAUUCCGCUCCCAGUCGGAAAGCGGAAGCAACGGCAACAACAAUAACAACAACAACAACAAUCCGUCGGUGACGUACGUCCCACGCCGGUUGCGCGGCUCUGACCUGUCGCUGACGACCAUCACGGAGGAGCCGCCGUCGUGGACGUCGUCGCACGAGAUUGUCGUCCAGCCGGAAGUGGUGGUGGAGACGACGACGUGCAACGGCAACGGCAGUUGCUCCAACUCGUCGAGCAGCGAGUGCAAUUCCAGUUCGAGCAGCAGCAGCAGCGGCGGUGGAUCGACACCGCCGCCCAUGUCGGUGACGACGACGCACGGCCGACAGACUUUCACCACCAAAGUGACGGCCACGGCCAAAGUCAAGGUGGAAGUCCACGCUCCCAUCUCGCACAGUUCGAUGGAGCCGUCCUACUACAAACACCGGCGGCGGCGAGAUCAGUAGGAACACCUGUCCGUCUCCCUCUUCUUCUUUGUUGUGUACAGCAGUGAGAAAAGUUCAACACAAAAACCAAACAAACAAACAAACAAACAAACGAAACCAAUUGGACAACAUUUCGUCCAAUCGACGCGCACGGGCCAGCCAGUGUUUUUGUACAUUUUUCUUUUUUAACUUUAAAGAAAGGAAACAAAAAAUCGAAACGAAGAAAAUGACUCAGCAGAUCUGUAUCUAUUUAAUAAUGCCAAUUCUUUCUUGUUUUCUUUCUUACCUUGUCGUCCAUCAUCAUGAGUCUCUUAACCUUUUUUUAAAAAUUUCAAAUUUCCCGCUCCUUAUUUGUGGUUCAAAUUUUUUUAUUUUUGACAUUUUUUUUAAUUUCAUUCAAACAUUCUUCAGCCAUCGGUGCCAGUUGUUAAUAUUUUGCCUCCAAUGAAGUUGAAAAACUCAGGUUAAGGAACAAAAAGAAGAAGAAAAAGAAAACCCACACACAAUUUUUUUAGUGACUGAAAACAGGAGCCCGCGAGUUGAAGCAUAAUAGCCUGCCACUCUCCCCCCCCCCCCCCCACCACUCUGAAUUGUAAUGGAAAAACAAAAAAAAAAAAGGAUCGUGUUUUAAAAAAAUAUCCAUCGAGCGAUUAUACCUCACCCUGGAACGUCAAUCCAUCCAAUGAAUUUUUUGUUUUUUUUCUGGUGGAUCUUUAAAAAAAAAAUUCGAAAUUUUUCAAUUUGAUGUUGACGAUCCCUCCAAACCCAAUAUAUAUUUCCUUUUUGUGUUUUUUGUGAACAAAAAUUAAAAGGAAAAAAAAAAAAAAACGAAAAAAAACAAAAAAAAUCUAUAAAUAAGAUAUAUAUAAAUUAUGAGACUCGUCGAAUCGUUGUCCUUCCUCUCUCCCAAAAAGAAAAUAAGGCUGCCACCGGAUUCCAUUCGAUUUUUUGUUUGUUUUUCUUUGACAAUAUCACGCAACCAAUCGACACCAAACCCAAUUGAAAAUAGUUUUUUUUUCUUUUCCUCUCCUCCCCAACAAAUCCCCCCGCCAAUCGUCAUGCCAAUCGCCGUGUGACAACCGAGAGUAUUACCGUGCUAUUUUCGAAUUGAUUUUUAUUAAUUAUUAUUAUUUUGACUAUUUUUUUUUCUUCACUUUUUGAAAUCUCUUGCUGGGUUUUCUCUUACACUCCUGCUCAAUUGUUAAAAAGAUUUUUUUUUUCUUCCCUUUUUUUAAAAUUAUUUUGGUCUUUUUGUCGAUUUUUUGAUCGCCUGUGUCUUAUUACAUAAUAAUGAAAUUUCUGCCUUCGCCACUCUGCCCCCCUCCUCCUCCUCCGAUGUUAUUGUUGUAAAGAAAAACUGUCAAAGAGCAAAUUACCAAUUUUUGUUGGUCAAAUGUCUGCGCACCCGACGAAGGCGUCAAUUAUUGCGACCCCUGUUUACUCAAAAUAAUUAUAAUAAUAAUAAGUAAUAAGAAAAAACACAAAAGUGCAUGUCGUCUGUCUGUGUCUGUCUGUCUGUGAGCGUGAAUGUGUGAAUGUGUUGCGUCACCUGUUUUUAUGCCCAUUGUCAUUUGUGUGUACAGUUUUGACAUUUGAUUCGAGAGUCGAGAGAACAGAGAAACAGAAAAUGAAACAAGAAAUCCAUACAGUGUUUUUCUUUCUGAAAA